AACUGAGUAAAGGGUAGACAGCAUUGUGAGCAGAGGAUUAUUUUGAUGAUUUUUAGUAGCUGUCUUUUAUCAUAGACCUGCACAGCUGCUGAUAGGGCAGUUUUAUCUGCCACUGACGGACACAUAUGUGCUGAAAGAGUUAACCCCUCCUCCCUCAGCCUCCCUGCAGAGAGAAAUAGGCGGAGUUUGGGUUCACACAUAGUUUUUGUAAGAAGAGGGCAGCGAGUGUGUGUGUGUCAUAAUGUGUGUGUGUCAGGGAGAAAGAGAGAGAGACAGAGAGAGAGAGAGAGAGAGAGAGGGAGCCAGACAUGGAUACGAGACCAGGCUUGAGUUGUAAACUGCCCCUGAAUUGAAGAAGUGCAGCUUCAAAUUGACCACAAACACGGGAUUAUUAUGCCCAGCGCCAACGUGUCCGUGCGAAGUUUAUCUGAAGUGGAGAAAUACCUCAGCAGCCGGAUGGACCGGAGUACCGAGGGCAUUGGUGUGUCGAUGCGCCGGGGUUCUUCAGAGAACAAUCUGGAUCUGGACCUGAGUGAUGGAGGUCCUGGUCCUACUCCGGGCUUCGAGGUCCAGCGUAGCCGUUCUUGCUUGGACAACCUCCAGCAGAAGAUACUGAAAGUCACAGAGCAGCUGAAGAUUGAGCAAACUGCGCGGGACGAGAAUGUAGCAGAGUACCUGAAGCUGGUGAACAGUGCGGACAAGCAGCAGGUGGGGCGCAUCAAGCAAGUGUUUGAGAAGAAGAACCAGAAGUCAGCUCAAAACAUAGCCCAAAUGCAGAAGAAGUUGGAGCAGUAUCAUCGUAAGAUGAAAGACAGUGAAAUCCAUCACAGCCCAUCCCCUCACUCGUCCCAUAGCAAACACAGCACCAUACCCAGGGAGUCGCCCAGAGAGCUGCUGAGGGAUAUGACAGGCAGUGGCCGACAUCCAACCAUGGACAAGAUCAAGACUAUUGGACCAGGUGUUUCCCUCUCCCCUCCUUUCUUCUUCAGUAAGCCCCGAGAGUUCGCGAACCUCAUCAGGAACAAGUUCGGCAGUGCUGACAACAUCGCCCACCUCAAGACCACUCUGGACCCUUCCUCUCCGCUGCCGACUGACAGUGCAGGAAAGGGGUUGAGUAGCAGUACCUCCAUGGUGGGCAAACCCAAGUAUCCCAGUGAUGAUGAGUGCUCCUCAGGGAGUGCUUCAAUUUCAGCAGACAGUAAUGGGAACCCAGUGGGGGGUGGAGUGUCAGCAGGGCAGGUGCAGACUCAGGGCCAGGGCCAAGGUAAGCAGGCAGGGGGAGACGGCCAGAGCAGACUGGCUUUGAGCCUGGAGGAGGUGAGAGAGAUCAAAGAUGCCCAGAGCCAGCUGGAGGAGGAUAUGGAGGAGAUGAAGGCUCAGUUCAAGAGAGACUAUGGCAUCAUCAGCCAAUCACUGCAGGAGGAGCGAUACAGGUAUGAACGUUUGGAGGACCAACUGAACGACCUGACGGAGCUUCACCAAAAUGAGAUGACUAAUCUGAAGCAGGAACUGGCCAGCAUCGAGGAGAGAGUAGCCUACCAGGCUCAAGAAAGGGCCAGGGACAUACAGGAAGCUCUUGAGUCGUGUCAGACGCGAGUGUCCAAGCUGGAACUCCAACAGCAGCAGCAGCAGCAGACGGUCCAGCUCGAGACCCACGACGCUCGAGUCUUGCUUGGGAAGAGCAUCAACAUAAUGUUGGCCAUCAUCACCGUCAUCCUGGUGUGCGUCUCUACCGCUGCCAAGUUUGCUGCUCCGCUGAUGAGGAGCCGGUACCAUGUGGUGGCUACCUUCUUGGGAGUUUGCUUUUUGACCAUAUUCUGGAAGAACUGGGACCGUUUACAAUAUGCCAUAGACAGAGUGCUGGUGCCUGCCUGAGGGUACAGAGCAGUACACACUGAAAACAACAUUAACAUGGACGCUGGCAGUUGUCAGGAUAGGACUGUCCCAGAGGAUUGGUUGUACAAUCGUCUGAAGACACGAUUACCAUGCAUUUACAGAGGUCAAUGUUUUUUUUUAGAGUCAGACUGAAAUGAAAUUUUUUGAUGAUUUUUUUUUCUCUUGUCUUGAACUUGAAUGUGUGUAGCUAACAAUUUCAUUUAACCUUAAAAAUAAUAUUUACAUAACAGUAUCUUUUGUUACUUUGUCCCCAAUGAUUGCUAUGAAAUCAUCACACGACAUGAAUAGUUAAUGUACCCUUCUUAACGAGAAUGAGGAAGGGUGAAAAGAAGUGCAUUUUCACUGUCGACAACAUGGGACUCAGCCUUUUCCACAGCUUUCGGGAAAAUAAUCCGUUGAUGAAGUAAAAUUUGGCGUUUCCUCAUUUUGCUUCAGCCUGACUUUAACAUCUCUCAAACUGUUGCGAGCAUGCAUACGCAAACAAAACCUCAAACUUGGUAUCUUGUUGGCCACAGCUAUGAAGUGCUAAUGUCAGCCUUUAAGGAAUAGUUUGACAUUUUGGGAAAUACACCUAUUUGCUUAAUUGCUAACAGUUAGAUGAAAAUAUCAAUUCUGCUCUUACGUCUUUAUGGUAAAUAUGACGCCUACUGCCAGCAGCCAGUUAGCAUAUCUUAUCAUGAAGACUGGAAAGAGCCUGACUCUGUCCAAACCUCUGAAGUUCAUUAAUUAACAUGUUUUUUCUUGCUUGUUUACUCUGUAGAAAAACCAAAGUGUAUUAACUCCCUUGUAAAUCCACAACCUGUCUUUUUUUUUUUUUUUUUUUUUUUAGAGCUUUAGAGGUGCUUGUGGGCAAAUUUUGUUUACCUUUUAACAGAACCAAGCUAGCUGUUUCUUCCUGUUCCCAUUCUAUAUGCUAAGCUAAGCUAAGCUAAGCGGCUGCGGGCAGAAGCUUCAUCUUUACUUUACAGACAUGAGUUAUCUCAAUCUUCUGUAAUUCUCAGCAAGAAAGUAAAUAAGUGUAUUUCCAAAAAAAAACUCUUCUUCCAAACUCUUCCUUUUUAAAUGAAGAAUCUACAGACUAGAGCACAGAGGCAUCCUGUUUUUUUAUGUUUAGUUUCUUUAUUCCUUAUGCCUUGUCUGCCCUGUGUGGUCAGUCAUCUCUUAAAGUUGCUUUGUUUACUGUUCCUGAUGUUUAAAGUGCAAUAUAUUUGAUUUCUAAGAGCACUGUUUUUAAAAUGAUCCUUUUAGGAGUGAGCGUUUUGUGUCAGUGUUUUUGGAGGAGUGACAGGGUGUUGGUGCUGGGGGGCGGGUAAGGAAGUGUCAUUAAUGUUGGCAUGAGAGAUCCAUAACCACUGAAGCCACUGCUGGGCUCUGAUAAGACCAGCUGUCUCCUCUCUCAAGGGCCAAAAAUCAAUCCGACUGCAUUACCGUGCUGGUAGUGUGGUAAUAUCAACACGAGCCACUCUCCAGAGCAGGCACACAUGCGCACACGCCGAAAAAACACAAAAACAGAGUCAGUAACUUGGCUCUCGUCAUGUCUUACGGGGUUUGCCCAGUUUGAUGUUUGCGUUUUACUAAUAAUGUGAUUGAGAGGCGAUGGUUUAUACUGUGAUACAAGGCCUUUUUCUGAGGAAAAAUGCAAUUCCUUUUAUUUUUUAUUUUUAGGAAGCAACAAACAGCCUUCAGUACUCCUAUGAAGACAGGAGCACAUGACAGGCUCUAAAUGAUGAACUACGAGCCUAUUUUUUGGACUGACUAAUGUGUUAUUUUAUGUUUGUCUUGCGAACAAUGCCCGUGAGCAUAUCAUGUGAAGAUAUGGACCACUUUUAAUGUUUGUCUGCCAUAAUAACAUGUCUGUGUUGAUGUUUGUUGUCGUCUGUCUGUUGUUCUACUGACUAUCAUAUUUUUUUUGUCCCUGGUUUGACAUAUUUGAGGAAGUUUUACCUUCAGAACUACAAAUCUGGUUUACAUUCUCUUUUCACCUCUGAUGCACUAUGUGAUCAAUCAGUUAUAUUUUCAUGCAUUACGUGCCUUUGUCUGACAAUUUCUGUUAAAUUAAACAAAUCUUUUUAAUCAA